AGAGGGAGCAAAACGCGACGCGUUCGCUGAUAGAGACCCCAGCGCCGACUGAACCCCAAAAGCGACCUCUGCCCCGUCCCAUCAACACCAUCGCGCGCUCCGGAGCGGCCGCUCCGGAGGAGACCUAAGGGGACAGCGGGGGGCACGAGGGAGAGCUGAGGGACCGGGACCAAGAGAAACGGCGCGAGAUCCAGCCAGCACACUGAGGGCUGGGGGCUGCCAGGAGAGAAGUGAAGCGGGGGCCUAGCAGCGAGCAGAGCGGAGGAGGGAGGGUCCUGGGAGGACUGAGGAGAACCCGGGUUCGUCCGGGUGGGAAAAGCCGAGGGGAUUUCUGGAUCCUGGGAAGAGGAGAAAGAUUUCCAAAGAGGAGGCGUGGGUCGGGACGCGUGGCCGGCGGUCAGAGGGCGAGGAAUUGGAGCGCUCCGGGGGAGGGGCUUAGGAGAGGAGCUUUCACGGAGGGACUCUGCAGGAGAAAGCUAAGGGAAUUGCUACAGGGGCGGGAGCUAAAGAGUAGAGGAGCCUUUUAGACGCGUGGCUGGGGAGUCUGUAGAGAAAUUCCCAGGCCUUUUGUAGCUCGCCGCCUCCCCACUUCAAAUCCCACUGCCUCCCCCGAAAGUUAAAAGGAAAGCCACAUUUGCUGCUUCGCCCUGUUCCUACUCAAUAAAUAUUACUUUCACCCUCCCACGGGAAAGCAGGAAAGAACUCAUUUCCUUCCCGGUUUUAGGGCUUAGAAAAGGUCGAGGCCUCGCAAUUUGAUUUUUGGCCUGGGGGAAUCCAACUAGGAAAGGUACUGCUCUUGUUUCCUUUUUCAAAACCCCGCACCGCAUCCUUCCCGGGACGCCAUGUCUACCAGCAGUUGUAGUUUCGAGGACCGGUGCGUGUCCAUCCUGUGUUGCAAAUUCUGUAAACAAGUGCUCAGCUCUAGGGGAAUGAAGGCUGUUUUGCUGGCUGAUACUGAAAUAGACCUUUUCUCUACAGACAUCCCUCCUACCAAUGCAGUGGACUUCAUUGGAAGAUGCUAUUUCACUGAAAUCUGCAAAUGUAAACUGAAAGACAUCGCAUGUUUAAAAUGUGGGAACAUUGUAGGUUAUCAUGUGAUUGUUCCCUGUUGUUCCUGCCUUCUUUCCUGCAACAAUGGACACUUCUGGAUGUUUCACAGCCAGGCAGUUUAUGAUAUUAACAGACUAGACGCUACCGGUGUCAACUUCCUACUUUGGGGCAACUUGCCAGAGAUAGAAGAGAAUACAGAUGAAGACACAUUAGAUAUCUCAGCAGAGGAGUGCAUUCGAUGAAUGGGAUUAUGAGAUGUAUAAUACCCAGACAUUUUCCUAUUUAAAAGAUAUAUUAAUGGACUGACUUUAAAAAUAUUAGCAAGGAUA